AUGGCUAAAUCCCAAUUCAUUUUCGGGAAACUGAGUUCUUCCUCGUGCGUAGUGCUUUCCCCCAAAUUUCUCCCGCCUCGUCAUCCCUCUUCAUCUACGUUCACUCGCCGAGACUCCAGACUCGACUUCUUCGGCCAACUGGAGGUCAUAGUCACACAUUCCGUCGCUGUUGCUGUUGUCGUUGAGACUCAAGACUCAGCUUCUUCGCCCGAUCACCAUCUCAUCUCCGUCCAUUCUCUACUCGCUAUCACAAAGUCGUCGAAGACUUUCAUCUCUGUAUGUGCUUCUUUGCCCCUAAAGGUCGCCCAUUCUGUCCUAUAG